AUUGAAUGAUGGAUAGAGAAAGAAAAAUGAGAAAAUAAGAAGCAUAAAGAGAUAAUAUAAUGAGAACGAGAGCUAUAUAAAAGUUAGGAUGAGGGUGGCGUGGUGAUAAAGUAGUGGGAGACGAAGCCAUUAAGUUCUACAAUAUUUGGGAUGAUGAAGAAUAAGGAGAGGACCAAGAAGACGAAAAACUUAAAUAAAGGCGUGGCUAGUAAAGUUAAGUUGGGCAUGGAUCAGGUUAACAUGAGUGUUCUUUAGGUCGGUACAACACAAAAGGGUUCAAGCUGACUUGAGCCCGACAAUGUGAGUCAGACGGCCAGUAAUGAUUCAUACGUGAAUAUCAUAUUUAAAUUUGGCAUAAAUAGAACACGAAACAGGUGACUCCCUCUUAUUUUGAACCAACUUUUAAAUAAUUAAAAAUAAUAAAUGGACCGUUUGUUUUUUUUUUGAAGUUGGACCGUUAUUUUUGGCGGGUAACGGAAAUAACUAAACUUCAAAAAAAAAAAAAAAAAAAAAAAAAAAAAAACCUCAUUUCUUAGCAAACAAAGAACAACAAAAAAACCCAAUUAAAAUGACAAUGCUAAUUUCAUCUUCAACCCUAAUUUCUCCACUCCAUUUUCUCCCAAAUUCAGAUCCUCCAUACAAUCUCCUUCAAUCUCAACCCUCACUCUCUCUCCUCUCCAAAUGCAAGAACAUUCAAACCCUAAAACAAAUCCACUCCCAAAUCAUCAAAACUGGCCUUCACAAUACCCAAUUUGCUCUUAGCAAGCUCAUUGAAUCCUGUGCUGUUAAUCCUUCAGGUGAUCUAUCGUAUGCGCUUUCGAUAUUCGAAUCGAUGGAUGAACCCAAUACUCUGGUUUGGAAUACUGUGAUUAGAGGGAAAUCUUUGAGUUCUGCUCCAAUGGGUGCUUUUGAUUUGUACAUUCGUAUGCUUGUUUCGGGUGCCGAACCGAAUUCUUACACUUUCCCUUUUGUUUUGAAGUCUUGUGCGAAAUCGGGGAAUACCCAGGAAGGGAAACAGGUUCAUGGGCAUGUGUUGAAGCUCGGGCUCGAUUCAGAUGUUUUUGUGCAUUCGUCUUUGAUCAAUAUGUAUGCUCAAAUUGGGGAGUUGUAUUGUGCACGCCAAGUGUUUGAUAAAAGUCCUCUUAGAGAUCCUGUUUCUUAUACUGCACUUAUUACUGGGUAUGUGUGUAGGGGUUGUUUGGAGGAUGCACAUAAGCUGUUUGAUGAAAUUCCUGUGAAGGAUGUUGUGUCAUGGAAUGCUAUGAUUGCAGGGUAUGUACAGAGCGGUCGAUUCGAUGAGGCAAUAGCGUUUUUCCAAGAGAUGUUACGAGCAGAGGUUACGCCUAAUGAGAGUACAAUGCUUAGUGUUCUGUCAGCUUGUGCUCAAUCCGGUAAUCUUGAGUUAGGGAGAUGGGUUAGGUCUUGGGUUGAAGAAAAUGGCUUGGGAACAAAGCUUCGGGUUGUAAAUGCGCUCAUUGACAUGUAUGCAAAGUGUGACGAUCUUGAAACAGCAUGGACUUUGUUUGAGGGAUUACCUCAAAAGAACCUAAUCUCAUGGAAUGUGAUGAUUGGUGGGUACACUCAUGGGAGCUUGUACAAAGAAGCUUUGUGUUUGUUCAGAGAAAUGUUAGAACUUGAGGUUGUGCCGAAUGAUGUGACUUUCUUAAGUGUUCUUCCAGCUUGUGCUCACUUAGGCGCCCUUGAUUAUGGAAAAUGGAUUCAUGCAUAUAUAAACCGAAACUUCAGCCACUUAACUAACCCUGCUCUAUUGACCAGCCUGAUUAAUAUGUACGCGAAAUGUGGUGAUAUUGAAGCUGCCAAACAGGUAUUUGAUCGAAUGGAAACUAGAAGCCUUGCUUCUUGGAAUGCGCUGAUAUCCGGGCUAUCCAUGCAUGGUGAUGCAAACCAUGCCCUUGAUCUUUUCUUGAGGAUGGUGCAUGAAGGAUUUAGACCGGAUGAUAUCACAUUCGUGGGUGUUUUAUCGGCUUGUACUCAAGCUGGUUUGGUAGAUCUUGGUCGGAAAUAUAUCAAUGCUAUGAUAGAAGAUUAUAAGAUUUCACCAAAAGUACCUCAUUAUGGUUGCAUGAUCGAUCUACUUGGGAGAGCAGGAUUGUUCGAUGAAGCAGAGGCCCUAAUGGAUACAAUGCCAAUGGAGCCAGAUGGUGCUAUAUGGGGUUCUCUCCUUGCCGCAUGUAAGCUUCACAAGAAGGUUGAAAUGGCUGAAAAAGUCGCCAACCAUCUUUUCGAGCUAGAACCUAACAACCCAGGGCCUUAUGUACUGCUCUCAAAUAUCUAUGCUAUCGCAGGCAGAUGGGAUGACGUAGCUAGAGUUAGAACAAGAUUAAACGACUUAGGAAUAAAGAAAGUUCCAGGAUGUACUUCAAUUGAGAUAGAUAGCAUUGUUCAUGAGUUUCUUGUUGGAGAUAAAUUGCACCCACAGAGCAAUGCAAUAUAUGAGAUGGUGGAUGAAGUAGAUAGGCUCUUGGCCUUAAAUGGGCAUGUCCCUGAUACAUCUGAGGUUCUCUAUGACAUGGAUGAGGACUGGAAAGAAGGGGCAUUAAGUCAUCAUAGUGAAAGACUGGCAAUUGCUUAUGGAUUAAUUAGUACGAAACCCGGUACAACGAUUAGGAUUGUUAAGAACUUAAGGGUAUGUGGAAAUUGUCAUUCAGCUACAAAGCUCAUAUCAAAGAUUUUCAACAGGGAGAUCAUAGCAAGGGAUCGUAAUCGUUUCCAUCAUUUCAAAGACGGCCAAUGUUCAUGUAUGGACCAGUGGUAAAUAUUCCUUCUAUCCAUUUUCAUCUCAUUGAAUUUUAAUACUUGCACAGAUCAUGCUAUCUGAGUAGCUAUUCCUGUACAUUAAUCCAGAUUUUAAAUUUCUGGGAAAUGAAAUUUAAUUGUUCAUGUAAAGUUGUAAACUUGUGAAUCGUCCUUUAUAUGGUGUACAUCAUAAUGAAAUCAUAUAUAGCACAGAAAAUCUAUAUUUAACAUUCAAGAUCUAAUCAUAUAUGGCAGCAUGAAUAAUACAUUAUACAUAAAUUAUUUCCAUGAUAAACCCAUGUUAAUACUGCUGUUAGAGUUAAUAUUUAUGUUAACAUUGAUAUAUUUUGAUAAUGUAUAUGAAUUGAGGAUUAU